AAGCGAGAAAUAGAGUGAGUGGCGGUGGGACUGAGAAAGAAAAGUCAGAGAAUAGAGAAUAGGGAAUAGGGAAUAGGGAAGAGGGGGUUUUGUUUUUGCAUCAAAUUACGGAGAGAGGAAGAUAAUAGUUAUGGAGGUACAAUGGCUUCUGCUAUGUCACGGCCUUGUCACACUACUAGUGGUGGUGUCUUUCCUCUGCGGUCAAUGGCCUAUCUUCGACGGCACUUUCAUUCAACGAAUCCACAUCUUCCUCACCUUUGGUGCUUACGAUUAUCUCCGGCGAUUUGUUGCUGCUGUUUGUGGUCGCAAAGGCACCGACGCCCUCCUCUCCGUCGAGUACUAUUGCUGUGAUCGUCCUAACCCUACUUUACAGCUUAUUUAUGUAGCAAUACUUGGAGUUACUUAUUAUGUUAUUGUUCAGUCGUCAUUCCGCUACAUUCCUGGGUAUUACAUAGGUGAAGUGCACAGGUAUACAAGCUUGUUGGCAGUUGCUGUGGGUAUUCUACUCUUUCUAUUGACUAGCUUUUCUGACCCUGGAACUGUGAAUGCUGAGAAUGUAUCUCAAUAUCUCUCUGCUUACCCUUAUGACAAUAUUAUUUUCUCCGAGAAAGAAUGUUCAACUUGCAAGAUCCUAAAACCUGCAAGAUCGAAGCACUGCAGUGUAUGUGAUCGCUGUGUUGCUCGGUUUGAUCAUCAUUGUGGAUGGAUGAAUAAUUGUAUUGGUGAGAAAAAUACCAGAUACUUCAUAGCUUUUCUUUUCUGGCAUUUCCUACUUUGUGUCUAUGGAACUGUUGCUAUCGCUCUUGUUCUAGCUGGUCAGUUGAAAGAACUACAGGUUAUACAGAUUCUUACAGUUUAUUAUGGCAUUGAGAACAAAUUCCGUAGUUUGGCUCCAUAUGUUAUACAGUGGCUGCUGGGUUCAUACAACACACAAAUACUUAUUAUGGUGUUUUUGGCUAUAGUAUCUAUGCUGAUGGCUGGAUUCCUUGCAUACCACUCAAAGCUGUGUCUCACAAAUACUACCACAAAUGAGACUUUCAAAUGGCAUGAUUACUUGAGCUGGCAGAAGAAGGUGAAUGAAGCAAAGGCAAGUGCUGUGGCUCUAAAAGCAAGUUUAGAUGAAGUAAGCCAUGAAAGAAAGCAUGAUGUCAGCAAAUGGAAGGCCUUCUGCUGUAGGUCUCGUCUAGAAGAAGUGAAGGUGGUCAAAACUAACAUUUAUGACAAAGGAUUAUUCCAAAAUUUUCUUGAGAUUGCCAUUCCUCUCUCAACAAGACGGUUGUUUUAUAAAAGUAAAUCAAAAUCAGGGUAAAUAAGUAAGCAAGCCUAUUAAUUUCUCUAGUGGGUUGGCAGCCAGCUGAACCUGGGCUAAAGUCAUCCUGUAGCACCAAGGGGAGAAUGGUCUAGACUUGAGUUUUCCCAACACUGGUGCCUAGCUUGUGAUGGUAUCUUUUAGCAAUGAUGAGUUGCAUGCAGGUUGGAUGAAACAAGGAGAAUUGAAACUGUGUGGUGUGGCUGUUAUUAACAUAACAGUAGGAUAAAGUCUUGAUUUUCUCAUUCUUGUGUAAUAUACAGGUUUUCCCCCCAUCAUUUGCAUGUGAAAUAUCAUGUUACCUGUUUAUAUGUAGAAUAUUGGGUUUCAAAUUUGAAUAUAGAGCAACUUUUUCAGCUGUUUACUUGGG